CUCUCACACACCAGAAUUGAAGUCCGCCUUCGCUCUAGCCGGGGCGAGAUAGCUUUCACUUUCGAGGACGCCGACCUUUCCUGAGAAGAAGGACUCGGAAGGCGAUGACAAAGCAAGCCAAGCGCGGAGCCAAAGCCAACAAGUCGGCGCGGAAGAAGAAAGCCAGAGACAAAUACUGUGCGAUCGACCUCGACAACAUCGACGACUCGGAUAUUGGUUCCUUCUUCGACAGCGACAGCGAGUGCGAGAUGCUCAAGCGGCCGGUUCAGAAAAAGUGCACGAAGGCGACGGGGAAGAAGCCUUCAGUCGCAUGCCAGGGUAUGCAGCAAUCAGGUGUCCCGUGCGGCAAUAAGACGAGGGACGACACCCAGUUCUGUCGCCGUCACCAACCGAAAGCCACGAAGACUCGAGCGCGUCCCGCGGCCACGAAGACCCAAGCGCGUCCUGCAGCCACGAAGACCCAAGCGCGUCCUGCAGCCGCGAAGACCCAAGCGCGUCCUGCAGCCGCGAAGACCGAAAUGGAGUCGCCCAUUUGCCUGGCUAGGAUGCCCGUCUUUGGACUGAGGUGCAACAUGAUGUGUUUCGGUGAAUCUCGCUUCUGCACCGAGCACCGGCCCAUGUGGCACCAAAAGGACAGCCCCAUAUGGGACCUGCCUCCUGCCACCAUGGUGCCCGACUCGGACCCCACCAUCUGUCUGGCUUGGGUCGCCUCAACUGGACUGAGGUGCAGCUACAAGCGUUACGGCCCGUCCCGGUGGUGCGGCGAGCACUGCAAGGAGUGGCACGGACAAGACAGCCCUGCGUGGCGCCCGUGUCCUUGGAGAACGCCGAAGUGAACCCCAUUUGCCAUGCUAGGGUCGCCACGGUCGGGUUGAGGUGCGCCAGCACACCAGCAGCCACAAUGGGGAAUACGGCUGGUGCGGCAGCCGCUUGAGCUCGUGACAAGCAGAGAAGUGGUACACAAUCCGUUUCGGACGGAAAUAAGAAACUGCCCAGCAACCUCCAUUGCUAGGUUGGUUGUGCUUGGCUGCGUUGGCGAUCCAAGGUAGCGAGUAGAAAAUCCAGUGUGGUUGAGCUAAAUGGGGUGGAUGGGUGGUGCCGUGGGACCGCAAUACCAACUUUGAUGUCCCGCCCUUCCCACCAGGGGAGGGUAAUACCGUUUCACCCCUUACGAUGCAUAGUUCUUGUUGGCACUCCUGAGUACGUACCAGUAGAUAUUCCCGCGGUGUUGUAGCCAUGGCGUUCAUGAUGCUUUGCUGAUGGGAUGAAAAUGACGAGGCGUCAACAGCAUUGGUACCUGAAGGAAAGAGUACAUGCAAGGAAUGAUUGGCCGUUUGUUUUUUCGCGAUUUUUUUCGUCGGCGUGGUCCACGGUCGAGGCGUAGGUACUGUUUGUGUACCUGGCGGAGAGAGUAGUCGCCAAUCGUCCAGAUGGUUUUUCAAUCCCCAUUGAGUUCCGUGGAAUAUUUCAUGGAGUUCCGCCGUAUGGAGUCCAUUACACGAGUCCACGACCGUGAUAUCGCAGUACACGCGCCGACACCCCAAUGGCCGUAGACUGUUGUGUUGCCAUGCGCACGAACAUGUUACUUUGGAUAUGUUUAGACUAGGAUACAGUUCGGAUGUUCCAAGUAUUUACCACGCAAAGGUACAGUUGAUAUUGUUGGAUCACUGCUAGCACUUGUGUCGAAUCAUGGGGAGGGAGAACCUAACGCUGAUGUCUUGAUCCUCGGCACAGUGCAAGCAGAGUUCUAGCGGACUUUCGGGUCUAGCUGUUCAUGUUGUUGGCGUUUUUCGCGUUUCAUCUGCCUGUGGAUAAUGAGGAGAAAUCCACAUCUUUUGUUUGGUUGCGCUUCUGCGUUUUUCUGCGGAAUUCGGAGGUAAAUUCAUGUUUUUUGUUUGUUUUCCCGUUAGGACUCGAUGAAGACGUUUUUGAUUAAUUUUUCCAUCGGUUCUGGGAGAUAUUGUAGCGAGGAGGCUGUGAAGGUUCCAUGUUUGGGGAGAUGUUACAGUCAGGGUGGCGGUGGAGAAAUCAUGUUGUCUUGAUGUUGGCGAAAGGGCAGGGUCGGCGAAAGUUUCCUCUGACACUGACACUUCAUAUGGGUUGGGCUUUUGGCCUUUGACUGUUUUCCUGUCCUGGUGUGUUGGCUCUCUGAACGGUGUAUUGGAGGAAGGAUUUGGCAUUUGCUGGUAGAACAUGGUUGAGGUCUUUGUGCUCCCAAAGCUUAUUUGAAAUUGAUCAUUGAGUUGAAACAUGGCUUUGUGUGAGGAUUUGUUCGACGCAUUGGUUGAUGCUUUUCCCGGAGGUUUCCGUCCCGAUUCUUUAUGACUCCAAUGUAAUGUUGAUCUCUGCCGAGUAUUUUUCCUCAUUAUUUUUCUUCUAUUUUUUGGCUGCUUGGCAAUUCGUCCCUACGACCUUUGCUCCAGGAGGUUGUUGAUUGUUAAGGGUCUCGAUAAGUUCCAUGGUGAAAAAUAAUUAGGAAUAGUGUCCCGAAAAUGAAAUAUUCGAUAAAUCCGGGGGAGUUGAGAUGAGUUUUUUUUUUAUAUGGACGAUGGAUAUUUUUGGUUGUGUUUGGACUUGAACUUGAAGCCGUUUUUCCUUGGCGAUAAGUACGGAGGGUUUCGUAAGGUAGGGGGGCUGUUCGUGUGUAGUUGGGAGAAUGGGGACACCCUGGAUGUCCGGGGGUUGCGUGGAUGCUGCUUUUGUAUGGGUGUGAUGGACUUGACGCCCGAGUUUCUGCUUGGUCACACGCCCCUGUGUCUCACCCAUUUAACUCUCUAGUACAUGGAACUUGAGUCACUCCUCUGCGUAGAAACGCUCUCCACACGGGCCUGCGAGCGUGG